GAGGGCGGGGAGAAAGGAGUGCGAGGAGUUUAGACUUCUGCACCGUUUCCUCUCUCUUCAGUCUUUCUGUCGUUUUUGCCUGCGUCGUCUCUCUUCUCUUCUUCUCUCCCCUGUUUUUCUCAAGCUGGUCAUCUCCAGAAUGAAUAGAAGGCUUGUACUUACRAUCCUGGCCCUGAAUGUUGUAACCAAUGAAAUCAAGGUAUCCACCUCCCAACCUCUCACACCAUCCAACUUCACUCCUGCUAUCUCCAGUCCCCCUGCUACCACCACUUCCUGCGUGUGUAAUAUCUCCACUUCCUGUUCCUCUCCGACCCAGCCCGAGUCUCCGCCACCUGCGCUGGGUGUUAUCAAGGUCAACUGGGAAGCGAAGUCCUGUAAGGGGGACAUACACCUGUCUCUCCUCUCGUCCCGUUCCUUACCGCUCUGCUUUAACAGUUGGACCCAUCGUAGCCUUCAACAUGCAGGGUUGUGUAAGAGGAAGGGCUGUGAGGGCUCCGCAAAGUGGACUAAGACCCCUGCUAGCUCUAAGGGUUACCAGAUCGAUAGGAAUGGAAGUGUUACCAACAACCUCUGUACAACACUGAGGAUCCAAUGCGAAGUCGUCCCAGAUCAGUUAGUGGGCUAUAAGGUGGUGACUGGUCUGCUGUGUGUUCUGGUGCUGGUGGUGCUGAUGGUGCGUUUCGGGCAGCCCUCCCUCAAGGCCCUCCGUAGGAGACGUGAGUACCAGACACCUGGGCCUGUAUCCACAAAGGGCCGCAGAGUCGGACUGCUGAUCUAGGACCUGUCCAUAUACUCGUAUUCAUGAUGAUCUAAAAGGCCAAACUGAUCCUAGAUCAGCA